CACAGACGAAGGUAUCUCACUCUCUCUCUUUCUCUCUCCAUGAGAACUCUAAUCUCUCACCGGCAAUGUGUGACGUCACCGUUUCUUAUCUCCGCCGCAUCUCCACCGUUUCCUGGCCGGUGCUUUAAGUUAUCCUCCUUUACUCCUCCACGUCAUAGGCGUUUUUCUUCUCUCUCGAUCAGAAACAUUUCGCAUGAAUCCGCCGAUCAGACUUCUUCUUCUAGGCCGCGAACUCUUUAUCCUGGUGGUUACAAGCGUCCCGAACUCGCCGUUCCCGGUUUACUUCUCCGGCUAGACGCCGACGAGGUUAUGAGCGGGAAUCGUGAAGAGACUCUUGAUUUGGUCGACCGUGCUUUAGCUAAAUCGGUUCAAAUCGUCGUGAUUGAUGGCGGAGCCACCGCUGGUAAGCUCUACGAGGCGGCUUGUUUGCUGAAAUCACUUGUCAAAGGCCGUGCUUACCUCUUGAUCGCUGAACGUGUUGAUAUCGCCUCCGCCGUUGGUGCUAGUGGUGUUGCUCUCUCCGACGAAGGUCUUCCGGCGAUUGUGGCGAGAAACACAUUGAUGGGAUCCAACCCCGACUCGGUACUUCUUCCACUGGUAGCUCGGAUUGUGAAGGAUGUUGAUUCUGCUCUAAUUGCCUCAAGCUCCGAGGGUGCUGAUUUCCUUAUACUUGGAUCUGGUGAAGAAGAUACGCAAGUGGCGGAUUCUUUGUUGAAGAGCGUGAAAAUACCGAUAUAUGUGACUUGCAGAGGCAAUGAAGAAGCUAAAGAAGAAUUGCAGUUACUGAAAUCAGGUGUUUCUGGUUUUGUUAUUUCGUUGAAAGAUUUGCGUUCUUCUAGGGAUGUAGCUCUUCGCCAGAGUCUUGAUGGAGCUUAUGUUGUAAAUAAUCAUGAGACACAAAAUAUGAAUGAACUGCCGGAGAAAAAGAAUUCUGCUGGCUUCAUAAAAUUAGAGGACAAACAGAAACUAAUAGUAGAAAUGGAGAAAUCUGUGUUGAGAGAGACGAUUGAAAUCAUCCACAAGGCGGCUCCACUGAUGGAGGAAGUCUCCCUUCUAAUUGAUGCUGUUUCUCGGAUCGAUGAGCCGUUUCUGAUGGUUAUAGUGGGGGAAUUUAACUCUGGAAAAUCAACGGUUAUCAAUGCACUUCUUGGGAAGAGAUACCUGAAAGAAGGGGUAGUCCCCACUACCAAUGAAAUCACGUUUCUGUGCUACUCUGACUUGGAAUCCGAAGAGCAACAACGUUGCCAAACACAUCCAGAUGGCCAAUAUGUAUGCUAUCUUCCUGCACCAAUACUUAAGGAUAUAAAUAUUGUUGACACACCUGGGACCAAUGUGAUCCUUCAAAGGCAACAGCGUCUUACAGAAGAAUUUGUUCCACGUGCAGAUUUGCUUGUUUUUGUUCUUUCUGCUGACCGCCCUUUAACUGAAAGUGAGGUUGCGUUUCUCCGGUACACACAGCAGUGGAAAAAGAAAUUUGUGUUUAUUCUGAAUAAAUCUGAUAUCUAUCGUGAUGCUCGUGAGCUUGAGGAAGCUAUUUCAUUUGUUAAAGAGAAUACACGGAAGUUGCUUAAUACAGAAAAUGUGAUAUUGUAUCCGGUGUCCGCACGGUCUGCUCUUGAGGCGAAGCUUUCAACAGCUUCUUUGGUUGGCAGAGAUGAUCUUGAGAUCGCAGAUCCUGGUUCUAAUUGGAGAGUCCAGAGCUUCAAUGAACUUGAGAAAUUUCUUUAUAGCUUCUUGGAUAGCUCAACAGCUACCGGGAUGGAGAGAAUAAGGCUUAAAUUGGAGACACCCAUGGCGAUUGCUGAGCGUCUCCUUUCUUCUGUGGAAGCUCUUGUGAGACAAGAUUGCCUAGCUGCUAGGGAAGACUUGGCUUCAGCAGACAAGAUUAUCAGUCGAACUAAAGAAUACGCGCUUAAGAUGGAAUAUGAGAGCAUUUCUUGGAGAAGGCAGGCUCUCUCGUUGAUUGAUAAUGCCAGAUUACAAGUUGUUGAUCUGAUAGGAACUACCCUGCGACUAUCAAGCCUUGAUCUUGCGAUCUCGUACGUGUUCAAAGGGGAAAAAUCGGCCUCAGUAGCAGCUACAUCCAAAGUUCAAGGUGAAAUACUCGCUCCAGCACUCACAAAUGCGAAAGUAAGUGUGAUGCUUUAUUCUUUGAGUAUUGGCCUAACUGGGGACAUGUUGGUCAUAUAUAUGAGGAAUUGCUUGGAAAAUAUGCUGAAUGGCUACAAUCAAAUACUGCCCGUGAAGGGAGUCUGUCUCUGAAAUCAUUCGAAAACAAAUGGCCAACAUAUGUCAAUUCAAAAACGCAAUUGGGCAUAGACACAUAUGACUUACUUCAGAAAACUGAUAAAGUCAGCUUGAAAACAAUACAGAACUUGAGUGCCGGAACCACAUCAAAACGAUUGGAACAAGAUAUUCGAGAAGUGUUCUUUGUGACAGUUGGUGGGCUUGGAGCUGCAGGACUGUCUGCAUCACUUCUAACCUCAGUGCUACCGACCACACUGGAAGAUCUUCUUGCUCUUGGCCUUUGCUCCGCUGGAGGGUAUGUGGCUAUAGCAAACUUCCCAUAUCGAAGACAGGCUAUAAUUGGUAAGGUGAAUAAAGUGGCUGAUGCGUUGGCUCAACAGCUCGAAGACGCUAUGCAAAAAGAUCUUUCAGAUGCGACGAGUAAUCUAGUUAACUUUGUGAAUAUUGUUGCCAAGCCUUAUCGAGAAGAAGCUCAGCUAAGACUUGAUCGUCUUUUAGGAAUCCAGAAAGAAUUAUCAGAUAUUAGAAGUAAAUUACAGUUGCUACAAGUUGAUAUUGAUAACCUUCAUGUAUCACGAGACGAGAUGAGACUUUAGCUAUUCCAACACAAUGUCGGGUUUUCCCUUCUUGACAUUGUUCAGUGGGGGGCAAGUGUAUGUACUUUGUCAUAAUGAAUAAUACCUGCCAGUUCCGACUUGAAA